ACAGAUGACACCGUAAUUGCCGACAGCAGCCAGCUACGAGCUAUUUCCUCGCUUUCUUCCCCAACUGAAAAAGCCGUCUCUUUCCAAAACUCUGCGAACGAAGCUGCUCCUCCGACCUCGCGGCUCAAAAGUCCAAACCCAUCACGAUCUCCCCAAAUCCUUGCUGGGGUUUCCCCUUCAGCUCUCCAAGUUACCAAUUUCCUGUAAAAGUUGAGAUUUUUACUUAUUUAUUUUUUCAGCUCUUUUUAUAUAUUUUUAUGUUCACCUUCCUUAUUUGCUAAGCUUUUUCGUGCUUCAUUGACCUGUACCUAGUUGGUGUGUAUGCCAUGAUUAUUAGCGCAUAAAUAUUGGAUUAUUAUUUUUUUUCCUUCAAGGGUGUUUAUAAUCAUGAUGCACUAUUUUCAAUUAGAAGCUUAGUUUUAGCUUUUUCUCUUUUGAUAUUUUAAUGUGUCUCCAACUGAGUUGGUUUUGGUUUGGUGAAUUCUUUGCGCCCAUUUCAGCAAAAUAUUCUUAGUUUAUUUGGUAUGAUUCUUCAGUUGCUUCCCACAAUUCAGUGAAAUCCCAGAAUUUUGAUUACUUUGAAAAGGGAUGGCUUUUGCUUGCCGGGAAGUUCAGCCAUGGACCUUUACUGUUCUUUUGGGAGCUUUUAUCGACCUGGGUUUGGCUUAUAUCCUGCUAUGCGUGUCUGCUUUCGUGUUUUUCGCUUCCAAGUUGUUGGGGAUUUUCUGGGUUUGUUUUCCAUGUCCAUGUAAUGGGGUUUUCGGGUAUAGAAACCCUGAUCUUUGCUUGCAUAAGUUGUUGCUUAUUGAUGGGCCUGUUGGGACGAUCCGUGCUGUCCAUAAGUUGGUGAAUAGCAAGUUCCCGUUUGAUGUUCUUUGGUCUAGGGAUCAAAGGUGCAACUUGAAUACGAAACUGAUCAGAGAUGUAAAUUGUGAGAAUAGAGUUCGUGAGUUGCAAGGUGAAGCAGAUUCUAGUCCAUUUUCGAGUCCCAGAUUGCAAAACCUGGUUGAUAGGGAAAGUGGGUACGACGCUAAGGGGAAGAGGGUUAUGGUUCUGAAGAAAAGGACUGGAAUUCGGUGCUCUAAGAGGGCGGCUCCUGAAUAUGGAAGGCUUCCUUCUUACUAUCCAAGUGAUAGUUCAAAGUUGGUUGCUCACAUAUUCCCCUUUCCUUGCGAUGACAGAGAUACAAGAGAGAUGUCAGGUGAAAGCUCAAUUGCCAUAGCUGGUAGAGAAGAUUAUGUGAAAGCACCAACUGGAAAUGAUAUGGCUGAGAGUAUAUGCCAAAGUUCUGAAUUGAGUGGAUCAUUUGGUGAGAGUAAAGACGUGGACAUUAGUUAUACGCAAGAAAAGUCUCACGUUGUUGGAAAGGAAACUGAUAAACUCAGGGUGUUGCAAGAAGCACUGGAAAAAGAGAAAGCUGCUUGUGCUGCUCUUUAUCUAGAGCUAGAGAAAGAGCGAGCUGCUGCUGCAAGUGCUGCUGAUGAAGCAAUGUCCAUGAUAGCACGUCUGCAAAAGGAUAAAGCAUCAAUAGAAAUGGAAGUGACGCAGUAUCAGAGGAUGAUGGAAGAAAAAUUUGUUUAUGAUGAAGAGGAGAUGGGUGUUCUGAAAGAGAUUCUUCUUAGGAGGGAGAUGGAGAACCAUUUUUUGGAGAGGGAAGUUGAAUCGUAUAGGCAAAUGAGCUUCUUAGGAAAUGAAUGGUCUGAUGCUGAUUUGAGUGCUAUGUUGUGUGAAUCGGGAAAAAGGCCUUCACCUUCUGUUAAGUCAAAUACAGAUGCACUACUGACGCUGCAGCAGACUGCUGAUGGUAAAUCUAACUGUAUGGAAUUCGGAAAUAUUGCAAAUAGUACUUCUCAAUAUGACGCUUCAUUUGUUGAAAAACAAAUUCAUCCUAAUGAACAGGAUUCACUUGAGAAAUGUGUACUUUCAGAAAGGGAAGAAAAAGUACACACGGAUAAUGUAAUGUGCCAAGAAAUAACUCCUGAAGCAGCCCAAGCUCAUAUUGGUACUGAGGAAAACUUACAAUGUGAUGGAGUGCGAUGGCAUGAUGGGGAUCUUCAGAGAAAUUUGCAUGGUUCAAUGCUUGAUAUUGAGCCAGCUUUUUAUGAUGUUCAUGUCGUUGAUGGUAAAACUGAACUUUGGAAAGAAGAAAGUAGAUCAUCAUUUUAUACUGCAUUGGAUGGAUCCCAAGAUUUUGCUUCUACAUUUGGAGCUACCGGGGUCAGGAGCAGUGAGUUAUUACAAGGUUUUCCAAGUACAAGCCAGGUGGAUACUGAACCUAAAUUCAUUGCAAGUUCUUUGGAUAUGCAUUGUGGGUUACCGAUGAUGGAUAACUCCUGAUGCAAAACCUUGGUGAUAGACUCAAUGAAGAACUCAUUGUCCACAGUAAAUAAUGAAAGGUUGAAGAUUGACACUGAGGAUGAUUUGCUAAUGGAAAAGCUACAGAUUCUAGAAGAGAGAAAAGAGAAGCUGACUUCAUCUUCUGAACAUGGGGAGAGGCAAGAAACCCCAUCAUGUUUGGAGGAGAUCGGGAACCCGCUUUGCAAGAUCCAGCAGAUAAGAAAUCCUUUGCGCCAUUGUCUUCUAAGGUGAGUUUGAAUACAAGACGCUGCCAAAGUACGCCCUCGGAGGCACUCGAAUGUACAAGUUCCUAAAGCAUGUACAAUUGUACAGUAAUUCCCGGACUAGUGGUUUAUCGGAAUCUUGUUGCUUCAAGUCCUUUUAUUCUGAUCUAUGGUUGGAAGGAAUCUGUAAACCAAUUUGUAUAUUCCCACUACAAAAGCUCUGUAGUUAGAUUGUAGCUGCCAAUUGCCUACUCUUGAUAACUUUUGUGCCGUGUGUAUUAAAUUUUGAAUUUGGACAAAAAAAAAAAAGGAAAAAAAAAAGUGAGGGUUCACCAGUCACAACCAUGUUCCUCAACUGAUCUGUCCCACCUUGUUUUUCCUUCUGUAAAUGAUAUGAAAAGGAAAAUGCCCCCCAAAUCAUAGCCACCAUAACUUAUGGGCCUGAGGGUUGCAGA